CGUGGCUAUCCCGUCAUCCAGCAUUACUGCCAAAUCGGGACGCCGACUGAGGACAACGCUUCAUGAGUCAUUGGUGCCUCGUAUUGAAGGCACCAUAACGACCUCAAAGUGGAGACUAAAUCGUUCCAACGUAACUUCUCUUAGGGGAGAUCCCCACUGCCUUAGUAGUACUCCGUAUUUAACCAAUUUAGCCCAGUUUCUACUUGUGCUCUUCUUCCCUUGACGAUCUUAUAGACCCAUUCAAAGAUACUCAGUCCAUCCCUCGAAUUGAAGACGUCCUCAUUCUUUUGUCUGUUUGGAUAUACGCCAUCAUGACCGACAGCGAAAUCUCACCAGAUACAAUACUAUCGGAGCUUUCCACGACUCCAUAUGCAUGCUCAUCUGUUGAGCAAUUAAGCGGCGGGACCGCCAACUUUGUCUUUCGUGGCACUCUGCUUCAGCCGCUUCCAGAUGGAACCACAACAGUCGUCGUCAAGCAUACAGAGGACUAUGUGGCGUCAAAUCGCGAAUUUAAAUUAUCUGCCGAACGCUGUCUCAUCGAAAAAUCCAUUUUGAUAUCACUUGAUAAGCUCCCCAGCUCGAAAAUCACGAACGAUGAAGACACAACCAGUCAAUUCACGGCAAAAACACCCCAUAUGUACUCAUUCAAUCCGCUCACCAACACCCAAGUUAUGGAGGAUCUUCCUGAUUCCGUAGAUCUAAAAUCUUUUUUCGUCUCGCCCAGCUCGGCUCGAUCUGUACCCCGUGAAUGGGCGGUGUCUCUUGGUCGGGCAUUGGGGCACUGGCUGAGUUCUUUUCAUUCUUGGGCCAAGGAGCCGGCGCAGACUGAUGUGGCCCUGGAGUUAGAGCAAAACCACUUCUUCCGGGAUUUGAAGUUCAGCAUAAACUAUGAUAGUUUGGUAAGCAUGGUCAGCAAGUACCCUGAAAUCCUGGAGGGCAGCCGAGGCGUUUUCGAGAAGGUCAGGGAUAUGGCGAAGAGUGAGUCGGGUAGGAAAGAUGGAGAGGGGUUCGGAGUGAUUCAUGGGGAUUUCUGGUCGGGGAAUAUCAUACUUCCGAAAAAUUCACUGGACACAAAGCACUCUAACACUCCCCUAUUCAUCAUCGACUGGGAACUCGCUCAGUGCGGUACUCGGGCUCUUGAUCUGGGCCAAAUGAUGGCCGAGUUGUACGAGCUUAAGCACUACAAAGAUAUCGAUGCUGGAGUGUGGAUCAUUCAGGGCAUCACAGAAGGGUAUCCUGCUUUGAGUGACGAAAUGGCGUUCCGGACGUUAAUCCACGUAGGGACCCAUUUGAUCUUCUUCGGCAGUACGGUCCCUGGAUGGGGAACAGACGAGCAGAUUGCUGAUGUUGUGAGGCUUGGGAAGGAUCUGAUCGUCAAAGCCUGGGAGAAAGAUAAGAGUUGGUUCAAAGGAUUGGUGUGGGAGUGUUUGUUCAAGAAGUAGAAAAACUCUAUAGUUUGCUAUAUCCUGCUGGUAGUACAAAUAGGAACACUAUGGAGAUACAGUUCUUGACCUACAACUUAGCUGUAGGAGGUAUAUGUCAGUCAAAUUAUCUCACAGCAUGGUAAUUACUACAUAUUUGCCCGCUGGGUUAGUAUCCGGUUCCCGAUCCGUGAACAGUCGAUUUCAAUCC